UCCUCCUCCUCCUUAAGCUCUUCAUAAUCAAGAUGGCGUCCCACAGUGCCGUGCUCUCUGUGUCCAGGUUUAUGUCUCCUUUCUGGGGCGGACACCUUGGAAAUACGGUUAAAGUGUUUGGAACAACGCUGACGAGUCACAGGACUAAGGUCACGCUCACAAGAGAAAACAUUCCCCCUCCUGCAAAGUAUGGAGGCAGACACACCGUGACCCUCAUACCUGGAGAUGGCAUUGGUCCAGAGCUGCUGAAUCAUGUCAGAGAGGUCUUCAGGUUCAGCUGCGUCCCAGUGGAUUUUGAGGUGGUCCAUGUCAACUCUGCUUUGGAGACUGAUGAUGAUAUGAAUAAUGCCAUUACUGCCAUCCGCCGUAAUGGAGUUGCCCUCAAAGGUAACAUUGAAACCAAACACACCUUGCCACCAUCUGUCAAAUCCAGGAAUAAUGUCCUUCGCACAAGUUUGGACCUGUUCGCUAAUGUGAUGCACUGUCAGUCCCUGCCUGGAGUCCAGACUCGCCACAAGAACAUAGACAUCAUGAUCAUCAGGGAGAACACAGAGGGAGAGUACAGUAGCCUGGAGCAUGAGAGCGUAUCAGGGGUAGUUGAGUGUCUUAAGAUCAUCACCAGGAACAAUUCCCUCAGGAUCGCUGAUUAUGCCUUCCGACUGGCCAGGGAGCAAGGCCGUCAAAGGGUCACUGCUGUGCAUAAGGCAAACAUCAUGAAGCUCGGUGAUGGCCUGUUCCUGCAGUGCUGCAGAGAGGUGGCUUCAGGUUACCCAGACAUCACAUUUGACAGUAUGAUUGUGGACAACACCACCAUGCAGCUGGUGUCCAAACCCCAGCAAUUUGACGUGAUGGUGAUGCCCAAUCUGUACGGGAACGUUGUGAGCAAUGUGUGUGCAGGCCUGGUGGGAGGGCCUGGCCUUGUGCCUGGAGCCAAUUAUGGUCAGGUCUAUGCUGUCUUUGAAACGGCCACGAGGAAUACUGGAAAGAGUAUUGCUGACCGGAACAUUGCUAACCCCACAGCCAUGCUGCUAGCCAGCUGUAUGAUGCUGGACCACCUUAAACUAAAUGGCUAUGCAAGUUUGAUCCGGAAUGCUGUCCUCACCACCAUGAAUGAAACCCGAUUGCACACAGCGGAUCUCGGGGGUCAGGGCACUACUUCAGAGGUUGUCCAGUCUGUCAUGAGGGUCAUCCAGAGUAAAGGGCAGCUCAUAUCCGAGCUGUAACCCACCACUGAGGACACUGUGUACUCUUUGCGCUCAUUAGAGGUGUGAAUGUGAACAGGUGGACAUUAUGAGAAAAGUAUGUCUAUCUCCAUAGUGUCAGGUCUUAACACUGACAUCACAAUGUUCAUAGGACUUACUUACCACUUCAUCGUAGAAACAAUGUUAUCCUUCUGUGGAUUUCACAUAUCGCUGUGACCUUCACCGUACAGAUUAUAAAAUGGUUUACUUUUGAAAUAAAUGUCAUUGUUACUCCUGAUGAUACGUCCUAUGUUACAGAUGUAUUUCCUGAGCUCAUUAGAUUCAGUCCGUUGAUAAUGAAACACCAAAGGUCCUUCUUUUGCAGUAUAAGUCACUAAAUAUGAUAAUUGGAUCCUUACCAUAAUUAGGAUGAGCAUAGUAAGUAUGCAUUAUGUAAUAUUUGCAAUGCUAUUUAAUAUAGAUCAUUAUUUAUUUAGCAAAUUAAGACUAAGUCAACCUGAUUGUGCAGUGUUCUUUUGUCAUUUUGUCAGAUCGGGUAUUAUAUUCUGUUCUGCCCUGUAUAAUCACGCCGUAUUUACUGUAAAUGUGAUGUAUCUAUAGUUUUAUACCGUAACAUCAGACUUAAGUCAUGUUGUUGCCGUAACUUUUCACCAAAAUGUGGAUCAUGUCACAGUGUACUGUAUUUCCCUGCUGUCUUCAAAGCUAACCAGGGAAGAGCUCUUAUAGCUUGAUAUGUAAAGAAAGGAUUUAUCAUGUAUGGAGGUUGGCAGUGUAAACGGUGUAAUUCAAUUAUUAUCAAUAAAUAAAUAUUCUAUCUUA